GACGAGCUGGCGGAGGCGGCGGCGCGGCAGGCGCGAGUGGACAAGGAGCUGUCGGCGGCCGAGCAGGAGAACCGGCGCCUGAACGUGUCUCUGCAGGACGUCCAGAGGACGCUGCCCGAGCUCCGGAGACAGCUGGACCACUACGACCGGGCCAAGGCCAAGAUGGCGACGAGUCGAGCUCGAGUGAAGGUGACGGAGAAGGAGCUGAGAGACCUGACGGUGGAGCACGAGCUGCUGCUUCAGGCGUUUGAGAAGGUGCAGCAGGAGCGGGACGAUCUGCUGAAGGCGCAGACGGAGGCCAUCCUGGAGGUGCAGCAGAGGUGCGGACUGAAGGAGUUGCUGCUGGAGAGGAAGUUUGCGGCGCUGACAGAAAUUGUGGAGAAGAAGGAGGCGCAGCUCCUCGCCGCACUGUCGGCCUCCAACGUCGACCAGAACGCGGGCGGCAGCGCCGCGAACAAACUCGAGGAGAUCCUGAAGUGGAAACAAGCCUCCGUCGACGCCUUGCAGAGCGACCUGGCUCGAGAUUGUAAGGUCAGUUGGUUUCUUAACGCCUAA